UUUGCGUUGUGUGGCUAUGGCGGUAGUGGCGCCACUGCACAGCGCCUUCUUGUCUCCAUGGAGCGGCGCCAGCAGCGCCAAUGCGGCGCCACUGCGUGAGAGAUUCAGCGUGAUUGCGGCAGCCGUGACGAGCAGUCCGAGCAGCUCUCCGGCAAUCCGGACUGGGCGCGAUCGUCUCGACAAGGUUCCAGUGCCGCAAAUCCGAAAUUUCUCCAUAAUCGCGCACAUCGACCAUGGCAAAUCGACCCUGGCGGACAAGCUCUUGCAGCUGACUGGAACCGUGGAGGUUCGAGACAUGAAGGAACAGUUCUUGGAUAAUAUGGAUCUCGAGAGAGAACGAGGGAUUACUAUCAAGCUCCAGACAGCAAGAAUGCGAUAUAUUAGCGAGGACUCUUUGCCAUACUGCCUCAAUCUCAUAGACACUCCCGGUCACGUCGAUUUUUCUUACGAGGUCUCGAGGUCACUAGCUGCUUGCGAAGGAGCACUUUUAGUUGUGGAUGCCUCUCAAGGGGUGGAAGCUCAGACUCUCGCAAAUGUGUAUCUAGCCCUCGAAAACAAUUUGGAGAUAAUACCUGUUUUAAACAAGAUAGAUCUUCCUGGAGCUGAUCCCGACCGCGUUCGCCAGGAGAUCGAAGAGAUAGUAGGCUUAGAUUGUACAGACGCAAUUUUGUGCUCGGCAAAGGAAGGGAUAGGUAUUUAUGAAAUUUUAGAAGCGGUCGUGAAAAAAAUUCCCCCGCCGAAGGAUACAACCGCUGACCCUCUUAGAGCUCUCAUUUUUGACAGUUACUACGAUCCCUACCGCGGCGUCAUCGUGUACUUUAGAGUCGUAGAUGGGAGCUUGCGUCGAGGAGAAUCAGUAAAAUUUAUGGCUAGUGGAAAGGAAUACCAGGUUGAUGAAAUCGGAGUAUUGUCGCCUUCACAAAUGCCCGUGCAGCAGCUGUACGCAGGAGAGGUGGGGUAUCUUGCGGCGUCAAUUCGCUCAGUCGCUGAUGCAAGGGUUGGAGAUACCAUUACAAGUUCUUCCAGAAAAGCUGAAAAGGCGCUUCCUGGAUAUCAGCAGGCAACUCCAAUGGUUUUCUGUGGACUCUUUCCUAUUGAUGCAGAUCAGUUUCCCGAGUUAAGAGAAGCACUGGGGAAAUUGCAGCUAAAUGAUGCUGCUUUAAGAUUUGAACCGGAAAGUUCGAGUGCAAUGGGAUUUGGAUUUCGAUGUGGAUUUCUUGGCCUUUUGCACAUGGAAAUAGUACAGGAAAGACUUGAAAGGGAGUACAAUUUAAAUUUGAUUACAACCGCACCAAGUGUUGUGUACAAAAUUGAACGGCUUGACGGAGAAACUGUUGAAUGCUCGAAUCCUUCGGAACUCCCUGAAAAUCGCAAAUGUAUUUCGGAGCCUUAUGUGAAGAUUGAUCUGAUAACACCGAAAGAGUACAUUGGCACUCUGAUGGAGCUCGCACAAGAAAGGCGUGGAGAAUUCAGAGAGAUGAAUUAUAUCACUGAAAACCGUGCCUGUGUUGUUUAUGAUCUUCCUCUGGCUGAGAUGGUUGGAGAUUUCUUUGAUCAAUUGAAGUCACGUAGCAAGGGCUAUGCGAGCAUGGAGUACUCCAUUACCGGAUAUCGCGUGAGUGAUCUUGUCAAACUUGACAUAAGAAUCAAUGGGGAGCCUGUGGAGCCGCUAUCGGCAAUCGUUCACAAAGAUAAGGCGUACACCAUAGGACGGGCUCUGACGGAGAAACUCAAAAGUUUGAUUCCCCGCCAGCUCUUCAAAAUACCAAUUCAGGCGUGCCUUGGGUCUAGAGUCAUUGCCAGUGAACAAAUCUCAGCCAUGCGCAAAGACGUGCUGGCCAAGUGCUACGGAGGAGACAUAACGAGGAAGAAGAAGCUGUUGAAGAAACAAGCCGAAGGCAAGAAACGAAUGAAAUCGGUGGGAAGAGUGGAGGUUCCCCAAGACGCGUUCAUGGCAGUGUUAAGGCUUGAGAAAGAUGUGGUUUAAUUGUAAGAGGUACAAAGAACAAGGUACUCGAGUGUUUCUCUCGAAUUAAAGCCAGAAAUGGCCUACACAAGCGUGCAAUCUAGCGGACUAAUCUUCUGGGGA